GCAGAGCGGGUUGAAGUGAGUGUCAGGGGCCUGGCUUCCGGCCCGCGAAAGCCAAGGCUGGGGCGAGAUCACGACUUUAGUCUUUUUUACUGACCGACAUUUCCUUUAUUCAGGGUCCCACAUCAGGACUAGAAGGAGACCACGAGUUACUUGUGGGAGCUGCCCCUUGACAGUUGGAGGAGAUGCCGUACCUUGGCUCCGAGGACGUGGUGAAGGAGCUGAAGAAGGCUCUGUGUAACCCUCACAUUCAGGCUGAUAGGCUCCGCUACCGGAAUAUCAUCCAGCGAGUGAUUAGGCACAUGACUCAGGGCUUGGACAUGUCUGGUGUUUUCAUGGAAAUGGUGAAGGCCAGUGCCACCGUAGAUAUUGUUCAGAAGAAGUUGGUUUAUCUGUACAUGUGCACAUAUGCCCCCCUGAAACCAGAUUUGGCUCUCCUGGCCAUCAAUACACUGUGCAAAGACUGCUCGGAUCCCAACCCGAUGGUACGAGGGCUGGCACUACGGAGCAUGUGUAGCCUCAGGAUGCCUGGUGUGCAGGAAUAUAUCCAACAGCCUAUUCUCAACGGUCUGCGGGAUAAGGCUUCAUAUGUCAGGAGGGUGGCAGUCCUUGGCUGUGCCAAGAUGCAUAAUCUUCAUGGAGACUCUGAAGUGGAUGGUGCUCUGGUAAAUGAGUUAUACAGUUUACUGCGUGAUCAGGAUCCAAUUGUGGUUGUGAAUUGCCUGAGGUCUCUAGAGGAAAUUCUGAAACAGGAAGGAGGCGUUGUCAUCAAUAAGCCCAUUGCCCACCAUCUCUUAAAUCGAAUGUCAAAACUGGACCAAUGGGGCCAGGCCGAAGUAUUGACCUUUCUGCUACGCUACCAACCCCACAGUGAGGAGGAACUGUUUGACAUUCUCAAUCUGUUGGACAGCCUUCUCAAGAGCAGUAGCCCAGGUGUGGUGAUGGGAGCCACCAAACUCUUUCUGAUCUUAGCAAAAAAGUUUCCCCACGUACAGACUGAUGUACUCAUGCGCAUCAAGGGAACUUUGCUAGCUGCUUGUUCUUCAGAAAGUCGUGAGCUCUGUUUUGCUGCCCUGUGUCAUGUGCGACAGAUCUUGCAUAGUUUGCCAGGUCACUUUAGCAGCCACUACAAAAAGUUUUUUUGCUCCUACUCGGAGCCCCACUACAUCAAGCUACAGAAGGUGGAGGUGCUCUGUGAGCUGGUGAAUGAUGAAAACGUGCAGCAGGUGCUAGAUGAGCUUCGAGGGUACUGCACUGAUGUGUCUGCUGACUUUGCACAGGCUGCCGUCUUUGCCAUAGGUGGCAUUGCCAGGACUUACACAGAUCAAUGUGUGCAGAUUCUAACAGAAUUGCUGGGGCUUCGACAAGAGCACAUUACCACAGUGGUUGUGCAGACUUUCCGAGACCUGAUUUGGUUGUGUCCUCAGUGUACUGAAGCUGUGUGUCAGGCCCUACCCGGCUGUGAGGAGAACAUUCAAGAUAGUGAGGGGAAGCAGGCGCUUAUUUGGCUACUUGGGGUCCACGGGGAAAGAAUUCCCAAUGCUCCAUAUGUGUUAGAGGACUUUGUAGAGAAUGUGAAAUCAGAGACAUUUCCAGCUGUUAAGAUGGAGCUCCUCACUGCUCUGCUGCGCCUUUUCCUCUCACGACCUGCUGAGUGCCAGGACAUGCUGGGACGUUUGUUAUAUUACUGUAUAGAGGAAGAAAAGGAUAUGGGUGUACGGGACCGAGGUCUCUUCUAUUAUCGCCUCCUCUUAGUUGGCAUUGAUCAAGUUAAGCGGAUCCUGUGUAGCCCUAAGUCUGACCCUUCUCUUGGACUUUUGGAGGACCAGGCAGAAAGACCUGUGAAUAGCUGGGCCUCAGACUUCAACACACUCAUGCCAGUGUAUGGCAAAGCCCGCUGGGCAGCUAUCUCUAAAUGCCAGGGGGCAGAGCGUCGUGGCCCAGAACUUCCUAACACUGCAUCCUUUACUACAUCAGGACCCCUGAUUCCUGAAGAGAACAAGGAGACGGCACAAGAACUCUCUGAUUCUGGAGCCCUCAUGCUAGUCCCCAAUUGCCAGGUUACUGCUGAGUAUUUUGAGAAAACUUGGCUUAGCCUUGAAGUUGCUCAUCAGCAAGUGUUGCCUUGGCAGGGAGCAGUCCAUCCUGACACCCUCCAGAUGGCUCUGCAAGUCGUGAACAUCCAGACCAUUGCAAUGAGCAGGGCUGGGACUCAGCCGUGGAAAGCCUACCUCAGUGCUCAGGAUGAUACUGGCUGUCUGUUCUUAACAGAACUACUGCUGGAGCCUGAGAACGCAGAAAUGCAGAUCUCUGUGAAACAAAAUGAGGCAAGGACUGAGACACUGAACAGUUUUAUUUCUGUAUUAGAAGCUGUGAUUGGAACAAUUGGAGACAUAAAAUCAUAACAGAUUCUUGCUGCUUGUCCUGAGUGAGAUAAAUAACAGAGUUCCUUAGUCUUAAUAGAGCUGCUUGUAAGUCCAGAUAACAUCAGAAUCAAAGGAGAAUGGGAAAUCUAGGAAUCAGGAUUCUUGUGUUUUUGUUCAAAGACCAUUGACUUAUUCCUUUCAUGCCUAUUGGUGAUUGACCCCAUCUUUCAGUGGUGAUAUUGUAAAGGUUAAUGUUGGUAAGGGGAUGGGGAUGGGGUGAGGAUGGGAUUUGGGUUCUUUUCUAAUCAAUUUUAGAGAUUGAAUUACUAAUUAAAAUGCCUGACAUUUGUGGAAA